GCGAGACACGCCAAUUUGUCCUGUUUACGUUAAAGUCGAUUAUUUGUUGUACAUGUCAGUUUUUUGCGUGAUAAUAUGAGAAAAACACAAUACAUAACAAAUAAUUGUGAAAAUUGUGGUCCUUUACAAAUUUGCUUGAAAAAUGUUGCCCAUGGUAAGCGGCAUGAGUGAACUGUCUUAGUCGAGUUCAGUCUACUCUUUAUUUAUAUCCACCAUCUUUGCAAGCUGCUGUAGAAGGCACAAGUAUACGAAGAAGGAAGCUGGUAGCACUAGCAAGACAUGGCUGGUUCCCAAGGAGUCUCAACAUUAUGUGAAAAUUCCAAUGAAGUGUUUCUAGACGUGGCGAAGUUGUUGAUAACCUACGCUGACAACAUAUUAAGGAAUCCCAAUGAAGACAAAUACAAGUCGAUUCGAAUAGGGAACGCUACCUUUUCCACCAAACUCCUGCCUAUCAAAGGGGCAGUGGAGUGUCUCUUUGAUAUGGGCUUUGAGGAGGCUGAAACUCACCUGGUGUUCCCCAAGUCAGCCUCUGUCGACCAGCUGAGGAAAAUCCGGGAGUCGAUUGCUAAAGAGAGGGACCAGAGACUUGGUGCGGGACAGCCCCAACAGGUUUCUGUGGGAGCCAAUGCCCCAGCGGUAACCUCAGUCCCAGCCUCAAGACCGCCCCAGGUUCAGUCCGUCACCACCAGUCUGCCAGCUGGACCAGCUCCUCUACAUGCACCGUCCUUGGAAAGCAGUAUGAGCUUCCUAAGCACGCUCCUGUCUAACUUCCAACAUGUGCUGUUGUAUGAGAACCGUGAGUUACAGCGGAAAGCUCUUGGUGUUAUACCACACCAGCAACUGACCAAUGCAGCCGAACAGAAACUACGGCAGGCAAAGGAGAUCGAUCCAGAUUGUAACCUGUGUGAAGGGGACCUGCUGGUGCUGGAGCUGCUCCGCUGGUUUAAAGAGGACUUCUUCUCAUGGGUAGACUGCCUGCCCUGUAGCCGCUGUGGGGGUCGGACACAGUCCGCAGGCUCACUCGACCCAUCCACCGAGGACCUUCGCUGGGGAGCACAGAGGGUAGAAAACCAUCACUGUCAGGCCUGUAACCAUCCUACCAGGUUCCCCAGGUACAACAACCCUGAGAAGCUGCUGGAGACCAGGAGAGGGCGCUGUGGGGAGUGGGCCAACUGUUUCACGCUAUGCUGCAGAGCCCUGGGCCUAGAGGCCAGGUAUAUCUGGGACAGCACAGACCAUGUUUGGACAGAGGUGUACUCUGCUUCUCAGCAACGCUGGCUACACUGCGACUCCUGUGAGAAUGCCUGUGACAAACCUCUGCUCUAUGAAAUUGGCUGGGGGAAGAAACUAGCAUACAUUCUGGCUUUUUCCAAGGAACAGGUGGUAGAUGUGACCUGGAGAUACUCCUGUAAGCACCCAGAGGUCCUGUCUAGACGGAACAAGGUCCAGGAGCCCUGGCUGCUACACACCAUCAAUGGGCUCAAUGAUGUGAGGCAAACCUCCCUGAGCACUGAGAGGAAGAAGGAGUUGUUGGAGAGGCUUCUUGUAGAGCUGGUGGAGUUUAUAUCUCCUAAGACACCGAAACAGGGUGAGCUGGGGGGACGGAACUCGGGCUCCCUGGCCUGGAGGGCUGCUCGUGGGGAGACCGGACCAGCAACGAACCCGUCGGUCACAGCGGCAGAGUUUGUGUUUGUUCCAACUGAGAAGGAGAAGAGUGGGAGAGUAUUCCACCUUCGGUACAGCUCCACCAAGGACCGCUACUGCAGAGUGUUCAGUGAUAAUGAAGUCAUCCAAGGCUGGGACAAGGCUGUGUGGAGGAAAGAGUCUGUCUUCAGGAAGCUGGAGAACGACUGGCACAUGGUGUAUUUAGCUCGUACAGAGGGCUCCUCGUCAGGAAAGAUCAGUUGGAAAUUGGACUGUGCUCCUGCAGGGAUGACCAUAAAGACCGUCUCAGUACGAGCAUGCAGCCAAACCUUUCACUCUGGAACCGUCCGCUGGAGUCUGCAGUCUGGACAGAAAACGACAGAGUUCUCAGGAGAUGGCCAGAUUCAUUCUGUUCCGGUUCUUUCUGGAUCCUCUGAGCUGGUUGUAGAGGCGGAGCUAGCCGGAGGUGAUGGGCAGUCAUGGCAACACUCCCAGCUAUUCCGACAGAGUUUGAAGGAGCCGGACGAAUCGUCGUUGGAAAUCAUUGUCGAGAUGGAUGAGGACAACGCUUGAUGAUGAAGACUGUGCGUUCAAUGGUGAUCAGUCUUGGCAAGGCACUAUGUUGAUUGAUUAAUCUUGAUCGUGUAAUCAUGUCAAGUUGUUUUGGGAUGUACAUGAUUUCUAGAUUUGUGCUCUGCCUUGCUCAGAAUAAUCACCUUGAAAGCACUGGUUGUGGUAGUUCCCAACUGGGGAUACAAGGACCCUUGGGACUACUUAAUCUAUCCACAGUUGGGUUGUUGUGAACACACGAGACCAUGGACUUACUGGUAAUAGGCACAUGAGGGAAUACUUCAGGGGUACUUGGCAUUGAGCAAAAUUCAGCUGUUGGCACAGUAACCAAAAAAGGUUGCAAACCACAGAUGUAUUGUAUAUCCAUGCGUUUCUUGUUUUUUAUGAAACAGGAAUACUCUAGUUUGAUGUGUGUUGAUGAUGGAUAGUCAGGUAAUAUAAUAAUCCUUUAGGAUCUAUUUUCUUAAUAUUACUAUUGGAAUUAUGCUUUUGGAGUUAUUUUAUCCAAACUGUUUCUCUCAAAGAAGAGUAAUUUGAAUUUAUCCCCUUCAUUUGUUUUUUUUAAUUUGUUUUACUUGUCAUGUGAAGGCAACAUUAAUAUACUGUUAUGAUUGUGUAAUUGUAUGUAAUAAAGUGUGUUCUAGACAGCCAUGUAACUAUUGACAAGUCCGACACCUGUGGUUAUCAGUCUAUGUUUAAUGAAUGCAUGAAUACCUUUGUUGUACGUUUAAACACCUUUUAGGAAUCCAGAUUAUAUGAAAAAUAUGUCCUUGUUCAAAUACGUUCAUUAGUACAAUCGGUAUAUUAAAGGUGUUUUUUCCAUGUG